GCGUUCUGACAUUUCACAUUGUGUUUUCAUUUACCGCACGAAGUUGUGUAAAACCACAAGGUUUCAGCUGAAAUUUUUUUCAUCCAUAAAUAUUCAAUAAAUAAUUUUCAACUCAAUCUAAUUAGCGACAUCAUUUUCAAGAUGAGUGUUAAUGAGUUACCCGCAUUACCCGAAAAUGAAAAAACAUACGCAGGCAUACCAGAGGCCGUGUUUGUGGAGGAUGUUGAUUCGUUUAUGGCAUUAUCCGAAAAUGAUAACAGUGCCGAUAAAGUGUUGCGCCGCUUGGACGAACAACAUAGUAAAUAUAAAUUGAUGGAGUACAAUAUAAGUGCCCGUCGGCGAAAAUUAAAAUUCCAAAUACCCGAUUUGGCCAAAUCAAUUGAAAUGCUCGACACUUUGCGCGGACAAGAUGAAAACAAAGAAACACAAUUUUUACUGAGUGAACAAGUGUUUUUGAAAGCAACCGUUCCACCAACGAAAACUGUAUGCUUAUGGCUCGGUGCAAAUGUAAUGCUUGAAUAUCCAUUGGAUGAGGCCGAAGUUUUAUUAAAACAAAACAUGGAAUCGGCCGAAACUAAUCUGAAGUGUUUGGAGCAUGACCAAGACUUUUUGCGGGAUCAAUUGACAACAACGGAAGUGAAUAUGGCCCGUGUCUACAAUUGGGAUGUAAAAAGACGUCAAUCGGGUGGCCUAACCUCGGUGAAGAACUGAUCGAGAACGUUCACAAAUUGAAAAGAAAAAAAAAACAAACUGAGUUUUACAGCAACAUUUAAGAAUUUUCUCAUCUUCUCAUACCAAUUCUCCAAAUUUUAUUGCAUUUAAUUAUGGCUGUUAUGUAUAAGAUCGUUCAUAUCAGGCCACUAUAAACUUAUUUAGAGAGACUAACUUCUUCAAAUUUGAAUAAACUAUAUAUCAA